ACGAAGAAAUAAUACAAUACGAUAUUCGAAGAAAUACGUAAUUCAUAGAUUUGGUUCAGUUAUUCAAAUUCUAAAAAAAUUAUAUUUUGUAAAAGAAGCAGAACUCUAAUUUUUCAUAAAUGAAUACACCACAGCCACCAGGCAUUUUGGAUCCCAAUGGAUCUCAACGGCCCCAACAUCCCUUAGCAAACUACCAUUUUUCAUCGGAUGAGUUAAGGGUUCUUAAAGAGUGUGAUGUCGAAUCCUUCUUUCAGAGAUCUCUUCCAUUUGGUACAGGCUUUGGAUUGGCCGCAUAUUUUGGUGUUAAACAUGGUUACUUAAAACCUAAUGUGAAAUUCGGCCCCCUACCAAAAGUAAUGGUUGGAAUAGUUGUUGGUUAUUUUCUGGGAAAGUUCAGUUAUCAACAAAAAUGUGCUGAAAAAAUAAUGAGAAUACCAGGCUCAAAACUGGGCGAGAUGCUACGACUGAAAAAAAAUAAUAGUAUGUACGGCGUGCUAACUCCUGACCAGAACCUAGGAGCUGGAAUAGCACUUUCUCCAUUCACCCCUAGCAACGCAGAUGUGUUUUCUGAUGACACAUUUAAAUAUGGAAAGUCAAGUUCGUUAGAGUUGGACACCGAAAGCCGUCCAUCGCUCUCAGGUCUUGACGAUAUCUAUCGACCUUCUGUAGAUGAUCCACUCCCUCAGUUUGAUACAGAACUCCCUGUGGUAGCUCCGAAACAGAGUGUGACCUAUGAUGAAUUGCGUGCAAAAAAUCGUGAGGAAUAUUUGAAAAAAUCACUGAAUCCAUAUUCGAAACCAUUGCCGCCAGUGGCUCCAACAGUAAGGCGAUCAAAUGAAACCAAUAGUAGCCUAGACAACCAGCGACAACCAGAAGGGGAAAAAAACAAAUAUGGAGAUACUUGGACAAACUAAUAGUUUUAUUAAAUAUAAAAGUUUGUUUUGUUGUUUGUGAAGCUUGCGUAUUUUUUAUAUAGCUUUUUGAAAAAUAAAUCCUAGUUAAUUGAGCCGAUUUCAUAGAGAUAUGCCCCCAAAAGUUUGGUCUAAAAAAAUUAUAAAAAAAUAAAUUGUUAAAAAUCGAAAAUAAUGAAUAAAGUAAAUAUACUAACUCCUUCCAUGUAAUUGCG